AAUUUCGAAGGUGUGAAAAAUUUUAUUGAAAAUUAAUUAAUUAAUUAAAAUAGAAAGAGAAAUAAAGUAGAACUGCAGGAUAUGAAAGAGGCAAGCAGACUUUUUGUACCGUUUAGUAGACUGAUCAUGGUUAUGGGAUUAUAAAUUCGCUAUAACACAACAAUAAAAAUUCGGUAAAUAUUUGAUCAAAAGUUCAAAUAGAUACUUGAAGAGCAGAUAUUUAAUCUCAUCUUCAGAGUUCAGACAAUUCCCUCACACCGCUGAAUAAAUCGGGUUCUUCGAUUUCUACGAAUAUUUCUGACGAAUCUCGUGUUCACUUUCCUGCUUGAAUUCUACAAAAUCUAAAGAUUUAAUGAGUGAAUAUUAUAGCACUGCGCACACCAUUUGAAACUCACUUUGUCAUUGUUGAACAUAACAACGGUUGUUUUCCGUCUCAAAGAACAUGGCUUUACGAAAAGUAGCUGUUGUGACCGGUAGCAAUAAAGGUAUAGGGUAUGCUAUCGUGAAAGGAUUAUGUCAAGAUUUCCAAGGAGAUGUUUACUUGACAGCUCGUGACGAAGAUCGAGGAUCGGCUGCUGUGAAAUCAUUAAAAGAAUUGGGAUUGAAUCCGAAAUUCUAUCAACUCGAUAUCACUGAUAAUCAAAGUGUUACCAAGCUGAAGGAUUACCUAGUUCAGGAAUACGGUGGAUUAGAUGUAUUGGUGAAUAAUGCUGCGAUCGCUUUCAAGGUUUCUGCUCCUGAGCCUUUCGAGGUACAAGCCGAAGAAACAAUUCGAGUAAAUUAUAUCGCUACCAGGAACGUUUGCGAUAUUCUAUUUCCUAUUCUGCGACCCCACGCUAGAGUGGUGAAUGUUUCCAGUUCAGCUGGUCAUUUAUCGAGAAUACCUUCGGAAUCAUUGAGACAGAAGUUCGCUUCUGAGAAUUUAACAGUGAACGAAUUGGAUGACUUGAUGAAUACCUUUGUGAAAGAUUCUAAAGAGAACAAACACUCGAGCUCAGGUUGGGGAAACAGUGCCUAUGCUGUAUCCAAAGUCGGUGUAUCUGCUUUGACGAGAAUUCAACAAAGAGAAUUUCUUAAAGAUCAACGCGAGGAUAUUGUUGUGAAUUCGGUGCAUCCCGGUUACGUUGAUACUGAUAUGUCGAGUCAUAAAGGACAUUUGACUAUUGAACAAGGUGCUGUAUCUUCUCUGUAUGCUGCUCUGCUACCGGAAAAUAUCACUGAACCGAAAGGAGCUUAUAUUUGGGAUAAUAAAGAUAUCAUCGACUGGACUGCACCUUUGAAAUGAUUUUCUACUUACUAUUUUCUAUUUUUACUUCUUCAAAAGCACUCAAAUCACCGAAGCUGCAAAAUAAUUGCGUUAAUUUUUUCGUACCUCAUAAUUUUUAUUCGAAAUGUAUUGUUUUAAAAUACAUAUACAUAAGCAUUUUACAAA